GGUUUCGCGUUCAGGAGUUUUGUCCCCAGCGCCGAGCCGUAUACCCACCCUCGCCGCUGCCAUGGCGGCAGCUCCGCCGCUCUCCAAGGCUGAGUAUCUGAAGCGUUACCUGUCUGGGGCAGAUGCAGCCAUCGACGGGGCUCCCGAGGCCGGUCGCAAGCGGCGUAAAAAGCGGCCAAAACCUGGCGGGGUUGGCGGCAAGGGAAUGCGAAUUGUUGAUGAUGAUGUGAGUUGGACAGCUAUCACCAACACUAAACCAGAAAAGGAGGAGGAAGAUGAUGGAGAUUUGCCUGUGGUGGCUGAGUUUGUGGAUGAGCGGCCAGAAGAAGUAAAGCAGAUGGAGGCCUUUCGUUCCAGUGCCAAAUGGAAGCUUUUGGGAGGUUACAGUGAAGACGUACCCUCACAUAGACAUUUCCAUCAUGACACUCUGGACCCAUCUCCUAGGCGGAUCCGUCAUGACACCCCAGAUCCAUCUCCUUCUAGGAGGGCCCGUCAUGACACCCCGGAUUCAUCUCCCUCUGGCAGGGUCCAUCAUGAUACCCUGGAUCCAUCUCCUUCUAGGAGGGCUGGUCAUGAUACCCCCGAUCCAUCUCCUCCUAGAAGGUCCUAUAAUGACACCCUGGAUCCAUCUCCUCCUAGGAGGGUCCGUCACGAUACCCCGGAUUCUUCUCCUCCUAGGAGGGUCCGUCAUGAUACUCCAGAUUCAUCUCCUUCUAAGAGGGGCCGUCAUGAUACUCCAGAUCUGUCUCCCCCAAGAAAGUCCUGUGAUGACUCAGACAUAUCUCCUAAAAGGAGGGUCCGCCAUGACUCCUCAGAUGCUUCGCCCCCCAGGAGGGCCUAUCAUGUUUCUCCAGAUCCUUCUCCCUCCAGAAAGCCUCAUCAUAAUUCUUCAAGUGUAUCUCCUAAGAGAGUCCAUCAUGAUUCCUCAGGUAUCUCUUCCUCCAGAAGGGCCUGUAACAACUCCCCUGAUACAUCCCAAACUAGGAGAACUUUUGACUCCUCAGACACAAGGCAUCCCAGGAGGGCCCAUCACGAGUCCCCUGAUUUGGCAACUAAUGUUGCUCAUUUACUGCCCAGAACUAAAAGUAAUAAAGCUCUAGAAAGAACUUCCAGUAAGACUUCUCCACACCAGAAGGGGCCAGGACCCUCUCAUCCAUCACUCCCAAAGAACAUCAAACAUGAGUGUGACUCAGAUCUCUCUCCUCCACGAAAAAAACAAACGAAAGCCCAUUAUGGAGAUAAGAAGCCACUUGAUUCUAAAGGUGACUACUGGAAAGCCUCUGAUUCAGAUCUUUCUCCUCCACGGCAUAAACGAGGUUCAGGGCACCAGGAUUCUGAUUCAGAUCUGUCACCUCCACGGAAUAGACCAAGACACCGGAGUUCUGAUUCUGACCUCUCUCCACCAAGAAGAAAACGGAGGACCAAAUCUUCUGAUUCUGAUCUCUCUCCACCUCGAAGGAGUCAGCCUCCUGGAAAGAAGGCUGCAUACAUGUAUUCUGGGGCUAAAACUGGGUUGGUGUUAACUGACAUACAACAAGAGCAGCAGGAGCUCAAGAAACAGGACCAGGAAACCAAGGCAUUUGAAGCUGAAUUCCAAUUUGCUGAAACUGUAUUUCGUGACAAGUCUGGUCGGAAGAGGAAUUUGAAACUGGAACGUCUAGAGCAAAGGAGAAAAGCAGAGAAGGACUCAGAGAGAGAUGAGCUGUAUGCCCAGUGGGGAAAAGGGCUUGCCCAGAGCCGGCAACAGCAACAAAAUGUGGAGGACGCAAUGAAGGAGAUGCAGAAGCCUCUGGCCCGCUAUAUUGAUGAUGAAGACCUGGAUCGGAUGCUCAGAGAACAAGAAAGAGAGGGGGACCCCAUGGCCAACUUCAUCAAGAAGAAUAAGGCCAAGGAAAACAAGAAUAAGAAAGUGAGACCUCGCUAUAGUGGCCCAGCACCUCCUCCCAACAGAUUCAAUAUCUGGCCUGGAUAUCGCUGGGAUGGAGUGGACAGAUCCAAUGGUUUUGAACAGAAGCGCUUUGCCAGGCUUGCCAGCAAGAAAGCAGUGGAAGAACUUGCCUACAAAUGGAGUGUUGAGGAUAUGUAACUUCUCUGAGGCACGAUGGGGUGCUGUGGAUUGUGGUAGUGGGCAUAGGACAGCCAGAAUCCAGCUGUAACAUCUGUCUGUGCACACAGUCAUGGCCCACACAGACCAGCAACUUGUCAAAUGCCAGUUUUGACCACAGAAGAAUAUUCGAAACCUGAUCUUUGGACUGAGGCACCUGGACUUCAUAGGUGUGUCAACACACUCUGUGGCUAGCUUUCAUGGAAGAAGUGAUUUCUAUAUCCCAGAGUUUGUUCUUGGCUAGGAUUUUUCUUAUUUUAAUAAACAUACAUUUAUUUUUUUAAAAUAAUUUCCUACCUGGGUAUUAUGUUUGGGGAAGAAUUCCAGCUAAUAUUGAAUCCCUGGGAGUAAUGAAUGGUUGGAUUUUUCAUUAAUUUGGAAAGCAAUGUGAGUAACUUUAUCAGUGACACAUCUUUUUUUGAGAAAACAGGAAAUUAGUUGGAAACUAGACCCAGAAAUAUUGGAAACAUGGUGUGUGAUAAAGGUAGUGUCACAAAUUAGUGGGAAAGAGAUGGAUAACGGUGCUCAGAAAAUUGGCUUGUUGUGUGCAAAAAUAAAGUUGGAUCCCUACCUCAUACCAUAUAAAACAAAAUAAAUGCUGAAGCAAUUAAAGACCUAAUGAAGUGUAAUUUAGUAAAGCUAGUAGAGGGUUUGCCUAGCAUGUGUGAGACCCUGGGUUUGUUCCCCAGCAACAAAAAUAAAAUAAAGCUAGUAGGGUGUCUGUGUUACAUUAGGGUGAAGACUGAUUUCCUAAAUAAGAUCCCAAAGCAUAAUCCCGAAGAUCUGAUAGCUUUGAUUAUUUUAUAAUUAAAAGAGUUUCUAUUUAGCAAAAUAGCCACAGUCAAAGCUAAAUUUGGGAGUGUUUAGGAGAAGCUAUCUGCAAUGCUAAAAGUGAGUAGGGAUUGCAUAUAAAAGGAAUUAAAUAUAGAAAGAACCUGUGUAAAUCAUGAAGAGAAAGAUAACACAAAAUAAAAAUAUGCAAAGAAUAUGGAUAGGUAAAACCAAGAGAGAUAUCCAGAAUGGUUAAUAAGUAUAUUACCUCACUAGUAAUUAACUAAAUGCAAAUUAAAUAUAAUUUUGUUAAAAGUUUCUACUUUAUAGCUAUUAGUUUGGCAAAAAUAGACGACUCUCAUAAAGAAUAAAAACUCACAGGGAAUCUAACUUGUGUAUCCAUUUUGGAGUUCAAAUGGACAACAUUUACUAAAAUUAAAUAAUAUUGGGAAGCAAUGUUGCACAGUUCUUAAGAGAGGGCCCUGGAGCUAUACUGCCUGAAACUGAAUCUCAGAUAUGUCAUUUGUUAGCUGGUGACCUUUGGUGAGCCACUUAACUUCUCUGUGCUUUACUAUCUUCAUUUGUGAAGUAGAGAUAAUAGUACCUACUUUAUAGGUGUAAUGUAAGCAUAGAACAGUGCCCGGCACACAGUAAAUGUCAUAAAAUUCUAAGCUAUUUCUGUCAUUAUCACCAUCAAAUAUGCUAGCCAGCUUUCCAUUUGGCCUCCCAUGAUCAUUGCCUGGUUUUUGAGCUCUGCAUAGUCCCCUCCCACAAUGAAUAGGGCUGACUUGUACAACCCAUAGGAUGUACUGGAAAUGUGUGACUUUUGAAGCUAGGUCAUGGAAGACAUUAAAGCAUCUGCCUUAUAUUCUCUUGGAUCACUUGGUCUAGAGGAAGCCAAGUCAGCUCCCAUGUCAAGACAUUCAGACAACCCUCUGGAAAGGCCCAUGUAGAGAGGCACUGAAGUCCUUCAGCUGUAGUCAGCUCCAAGUAGCCAUCCAUUCAAGUGAGCCCCCUUGGAAGUGGAUCCUCCAGCUCUGCUCAUUCCUUCAGUUCUUUUCAGCCCUGAUUGACAACUUGACCACAACCUGCUGAGGAAUCCUGAGCCAGAACCAUUUAGGUCCAUCUUCUUAACUCAAAGAAACAGUAUUUUUUUUUUUUAAAAACAAACAGCAUUACUGAGAUUUAAUUUAUCCACUAUGCAAUUCAUCCCUUUUAAGUAUGAUUCAGUGGUUUAGUGUAUCUCAGAAUUGUGCAGCCAUCACAAUUAAUUUUAAAAUAUUUUCAUCACCUGGUAGAUAUAGGAAACACAAUACCUGUUAGCAUUUAAUUCCUACUUUCCCCCAACUCCCCCAACCAUGGACAACCACUACUCUACUUUCUAUCUCUAUAGAUUCGUUUAUUCUGGACUUUCAUAUAAUAUGUGAAUGGAAUUAUCAUACAAUAUAUGGCCUCUUGUGUCUGGCUUCUUUCCCUUAGCAUACUGUUUUCAAGGUUCAUCCAUGUUAUCACGUCUGUCUGCUUCCUUUCUAUUUAUGACUGAAUGAUGUUCUUUUUUAUGGAAUACACUUUUCAUUCAUCCAUACAUUAUUUGAUGGAUAGUCAAGUUGUUCCCACUUUGGGGGUAUUAUGGAUAAUGCUGCAUGAACAAUUCAUGUACAAGUUUUCGGAUGUAUGUUUUCAUUUUUCAUGGAUUUUGGGGGAAUUUGGGGGUCAUAUGUAACUUCAUGUAACUUUUUGAGGAACUGCCAAACUUUUUCUGAAGAAGUAUAUGAAAAUUCUGGUUUAUUUA